AUGUCUCUAAAAUACUCUCGCUACCAGCCGACAACUCCACCGCAUCUUCCUCUUGAGGAAUGUAUUGGUUCGGCACACAGUCGGAAUGCAUCCAAUUCGUCCAUCUAUUCUAGUGAAUCAUCGCCCUGGUCGACAGUGACGGGAGACACAACCCCGACCACAUCGCCAACUCGUCAUCACCAUGGCCCAGCUCUUUUGCCGAAGAUCCGGCCGCAGGACGUGGUCAUUGAGCCUGUAUCUGCCGGUGGACCACUUCGGCACCGUCGUGUUUUGUCCAAUACACGAAACCCUCCUGGAUUUGUUCCGUACCCUAGUCGGCCUCCAAUUCAACGCAAUAGAGUGGAUACCAGCGAUCAAGCGCCUUUGGUUUCUCCAAUCUCUCCAAUUGUGACUACUGGCUACGGCAGCUCGUCUGCUUUAUCAUCCCCGGUGGCCAUCACUCCGUCCCACGAGCGGAAAUCUGGUGGAGGACAUUCUCGUUCCGUUUCCACUUCUAGCAUUGACGAAGCUACCUUGAACCGAUAUGGCUAUCCCACCUACCGGCACCUUCCCGGAUAUACUCCCCAGAAGCAGGCCCAGACCACACCCUGUACACCUUGCACCCCAGUGACCCCGGUGACACCGAAUAUUGUGGUAUAUCCAUCAUACUCUCAGAGAGCACCAACGGCCGAACCAUCUCAGCAUAGUCCUGUGCGCCCACUGCACCCUUUGACUGUCCCAACACCUCAGUACAACUACAAGCAGACAUCUGGAACGCAACGAUCUCCACGGCCUCUACCAAGCCCUCAGCAGGAUUUGACCUCACCAUCAACCAACCUGAUGUCCUACUUAACUUCCCCUACUCAGGCCAUUAAUCUUGUCCGCAAUGUGAGCGUUGUUCCAACUCGGGGUAUGCACGACUAUUUCUGGUGGGAUAUUCGUCAUCUUCGCAGCUGGACAUCUUUCUCACUCUCCACAUUUGAUUCGAUCCCUGGACUUGCCCAGCUCAUGCGGACUGAGAUACCGGGAAAUCUCGCUCCCCCUGUUGCAGUGACACCCUCGCGUCUAGCACCCGAAUCCGAACCUGCCCUCGUUAGUCUCAUUCGAGACCUCUAUGCGCCACGAGUCAAUGCUGCUCUGAGAGUAUCUCAGGGUCCAGACCAUCUCCAGCUGUAUGCGGCGCCAGAUAUGCGACACACGGGCCACAAGAAUCACGGCCACCCUCACUUCCUAGCAAACUAUGCUUCAGAUACGGAUCGUACCUUGGCAGGAUUACCCCGUGGUCGUCUGGUGGGCAUCGUCAAAAGUUUUGAUCGUUGGAAUACUGGAAUGCGCAAUGAGGCACCGCACCGCCGUGUCGAGUACCUGAACGGCCUAGCCCACCUACAGCGGUGCAUGCGUGAACACUCCUGCCGAUACGGUUUUAUCAUCACGGAAAUAGAACUAGUCUGUGUACGUGCCGGCUGUGACGUCGGCGGCGACAUCCCAUACUUCGGACUCCUCGAAGUAGCCGCCCCGAUCCCCCUCAAAACAGCAACAACACCCCCACCCCCAGCCCGCGAAGCACCGCCUCUCGCAACUCCGAUCAGUGCGCGAUCUUUCUCCUCGUCUUCUUACGCAUCAUCCACGCACUCCCGCCACGGGUCCCCUGAGCCCGAGGCGGAUGAUGGGUACUCAACUCCCAUGACUGCCAGUUUGGCACUAUACUUCCUGCUCAUGCUGUCAAAAUCCCAACCACUCCCGGAUCAACCGUCUGCCCACCUCAACGUCGGUGGACCCGGUGCUCUAACUCGGCAGCGUAUUCUGCCCGAGGCGAAGGACAAAUGGAUUCCCGAGCCACAGAUCGGUGAACGCCGCGAUGCUAAGCGCGUUCGUGGAUGGGUCUGGCCUCAGGAUGCUUGGCAUCGUCGGGAGGGCGGUGGUGCUCCAAGAUCACGAAACGCGGAGGCCAAGAAAAAGUGGCAUAAAUAA